ACCAACACACAGUGAGCGACAGACGAUAAAAUUAACCUUCACAACGAAACACGUACAUUAACUGACAGAGGACAGCUGCAGGAGGGAACGCUGGGAUUACUCUUCUACCAGAGACAAAAUGUCUUCCAGACCAGACGAGGAUCUGUCCUGUCCUGUCUGCCAUGAUAUCUUCAAAGAUCCUGUUGUCCUGUCGUGCAGCCACAGCUUCUGCAAAGCCUGUCUGCAGAGCUGGUGGAGGGAGAAAAAAACACGGGAGUGUCCGUGCUGCAUGAGGAGAUCAUCAAAGAGCGAUCCACCUCGUAACUUGGCAUUAAAAAAUCUGUGUGAGGCCUUUUUAUUGAAGAGCAAUCGGAGAGCUUCAGCGGCGUCUGAGCCUCUCUGCAGUCUGCACUCUGAGAAACUCAAACUCUUCUGUCUGGACCAUCAGCAGCCAGUGUGUGUCAUCUGUCGAGACUCAAAAACACACAACAACCACAGAUUCAGACCCAUCGAUGAAGCUGCACAGGAUCACAGAGGGAAGCUCCAAAUAACUUUGAAGCCUUUACAAGAGAAACUGAAGCUGUUUGAAGAAGUUAAAGGAAACUUUGAUCAAACAGCAGAACACAUUAAGGUCAAGGCCCAACACACAGAGAGGCAGAUUAAGGAGCAGUUUAAGAAACUUCAUCAGUUUCUAGAGGAGGAAGAGGAGGCCAGGAUCACUGCUCUGAGGGAGGAAGAGGAGCAGAAGAGUCAGAUGAUGAAGGAGAAGAUGGAGGCUCUGAGCAGAGAGAUAGCAGCUCUGUCACACACAGUCAGAGCCACAGAGGACGAGCUGAGAGCUGAAGACGUCUCAUUCCUGAAGAACUACAAGGUUACAGUGGAAAGAGUCCAGCAGCGCCCCCUGCUGGAUGAUCCACAGCUGGACUCGGGAGCUCUGAUAGACGUGGCCAAACAUCUGGGUAACCUGACCUUCAACAUCUGGAAAAAGAUGAAAGAGAAGGUCUCCUACAGUCCUGUGAUUCUGGAUCCAAACACCGCUGAUCCAGAGCUCGUUGUGUCUGAGCAUCUGACCAGUGUGAGAUCUGGAGAUCGACAACAGCUUCCAAAAAAUCCAGAGAGGACCAAAUUCUCCUGCUCUGUUCGCGGCUCUGAAGGUUUUAACUCAGGGACUCACAGUUGGGACGUUGAUGUGGGAGAAAACAAGGACUGGGAACUGGGCGUGUUGGGAGAGAAGAUCCAGAUGAACAAAAAGCUACAGUCUGGGUUGUGGAGAAUUUUGUUCUCCAACAGGAAACUCACAGUGUUCUCUACUUCAGGCUCAGAGAACGACCUACCACUGAAGAAGAAGCUCCAGAGGGUCAGAGUUCAGCUGGACUUUGACAAAGGAACGCUGUCCUUCUCUGAUCUUGAUACUAACACACGCAUACACACCUUCAAACACACUUUCACUGGCACCCUGUUUCCAUACAUUUACACAGAGAAUCGCCUCCCACUGAGGAUUUUACCAGCGAAGGUCUGUGUGUCGGUGGAAAAGCACCGUUAGAGAUUAUUAUGAUAGGGUUGGGCAAUAUGACAAUAUCUACUGUGAGAUGAAACUUGUAAGAUGUCACAGAUGUUUGUUUACCUUUACCAAUCUGUCUUUUUCAUUAUGUAUUAGACAACUGUGGGCAGUGCUGGAUUUUGAGGAUUGAUACAUCAAUGAAAUUAAUCCUAACCCUAUACAAAAGGAUUUUAGCACCUUACUAUGAGGAACAAACAAAAUAAGCUUUUUCUAAAGCUUUGUUUGUUGUUUGGGAAUCUUUUUUUUAUUUUAAAAGGA